AUGAGUUCAUCAAAAGUACACUCAGUUGAUGUGGAAAAGAAUGCUUUCUCAAAUGCUAUUCCUGAGAUUGAAAUUCUGAAGAGAAGAAAGAAAGAAGAAAUAGAGAAACAACAAGUUCUUGAAAUACAGAAACUUGAAAAAGCAAGUAAAAUUCUUGAAAAGCAGUGUCUGAGUGAGAUGAAUGAAGAAGUUCUGUUAAUUCUUCAUACUCAGACUAGACAACUACAGAAAGUGAUCAAGUUCAAACUUGAAAUUUCAAACACAGUUUAA